AUGGCAAGUCUCAGAUCCUUGCUCCUAUUCAACUCACCAUUAACAUCUUACCCAGGCAGUGAUAACGAGAAAGCGCGCCUUGAAAACGAAGUAGCAUCCUAUGACCCAGAGCCAUAUUGGUCAUACUAUCACCCAAAACUCCUCUCCACCAAUCCAUUUAAUCUUCUGGCAUCUCCAAAACCAGAAUUCCCAUCCCAGAGUAUCUCAGAUCAAGACGGAGGUGAUUCAUCUACACGCUUACCUCCCCAUAAAGCUGGCGCCAAAGAGAGCAUAUCUGCCUUUCUCUCCCGUCUACCCCCCUCAAUCACUCCACUCUCAACAGCAGGCCCAUGGAUCUGGACGCGCGGACGAGCUGCAAAAAGUCUAAGCAAGAGUUUAGAGUCUCGCGAGGAAGCCAAGUUCGUGAAAGAGGGAACCGAGCUCCUCAGUGCAUUCGACGAGAAAGAAGCCGAGCUACGUGCUGUGCACGAUGAAUCAGGCGCGAAGACUACCUCUGGCUUGACGCGCAAACUCAAUGUUGCGCGCAAAGAGCUGGAGAGCGAUAUUUUAUCUUUGGCCCGCGGUACUGGCAUUACGGCGGGGAAAUGGAUGUUGUUCCCCUCUGUCCAAAUGGUUGACUCGACGUGGAAGACUAUUGUUAAGGCGUUGGAUAAGGGAGAUGUAUGUGCGGAUGCUAAGGUCGCUACGAAUGAUGGAUCGGAUCAAUCACGCUUGAUCUGCGUUUACACUGAGGAUUUUGGCGAUAAGGAUGAUGUCAAGCGGGUCUUGCAGAUGUUAGCUCGCGAGCAGCUCUUUAACCCUCGGGAAAGACCGAUAUACUACAAAGCUGACGCUUAUACUUUACUUGAGAUUAACGCGAAGAAUCGGUGGCAGCUCAAGGCAAGCAUGUACUCGAGCAAGGAUUUCAGGGUGUGA